AUGGAGGACGCCUGGGCUUUAGAGGUAAGAUGUGUGUGACCUGUGCGCGUGUGUUUUCUACACUGCCUGUGUAUUCUUUUUUUGUUUGUUUGUUUGUCCCCGCUCCUCGUGUUCGGCCUCUGACCCGCCGCGAGUCGAUGGAGAGGAGCAGGAAAGUGCGCUCUCCCCCUUCCCUGGGGGCGUCCGGCCUCCGAGGGCGGCCUCCGCGGCUACGGUCCAAGACCGUCCCGAGGAGGGGAAAACGCCGAAGGUGAGUUUGAAAAACGGAAAAACGCGGGACGGAGGAUUCGUCUGCGAAUCGACAAGAAAACCCCGACGCUCUCCUGUUCCCGUUCCGGCCGGCCUCCGCAGCUACCGCCGCGAAGACGUUCUCGACGCGGGAGAAAAGGCGCGCGACUGCGGCUGAGCGUGUGGCGCGCAUCCUGUGAGGAACGGACGGAGAGAGAGAGGGAAAGAAAGAAAGAAAGAGACAAAGGUUUCAAAGAUUUUUUUUUAAUUUUAUUUUCAUUUCUAAGAGCAGAAAAUACUGUAAAGAUGUCUCAACGCCAACAGAAAGAAAGUGUUUGUACAUAAAAAGUGUUUUCAAAUGAAAAAAAAAUUAUAUAUGUAUAUAUAUAUAUAUAUAUAUAUUUAAACAUUAUUUUAUUUAUUUAUUUAUUUUUAAAAAACUACACCUUGCUUCAUCAUACAGUGUUGUUUUUUUUUUUCUUUCCUCACUGCAGUGUCCCAGAAUGGUGAGGCUGAGCGAAGAGGACAACGCCUGGGCUCCAGAGGCACGAGUCGGCACCCCACCGUAGGGAGUGAAACCACUGUAUCACUCGGUCAGUUGUAAAACACAAAAGUUUGAAUUGUAUAAUCGGCAGAGGUUGGAGAGCGUCGGAGUUGUCAUGUCGUCUCUAAGCCAACGUGUCUGUUCUUCUCUUCCACUGAACCGGUUGCAUUUUACUUUGCACAGUUCAGUCAGGAAGGUGAGCGGCUGGUUCGGAGUUAGAGAAGAACGAAUUCGUGGUUCUGAGAUGACGUGUCCCCGCUCCUCAUAUUUAGUCCUCUGACACAAAGACAUCACAAAAUGUGGACUCGAUAUCACUGACUGUGCUGACUCUGUGUGUGAGUGUGUGUGUGUGUGAGUGUGUGUGUGUGAGUGUGUGUGUGUGUGUGUGUGUGUGUGUGUGUGUGUGUGUGUGUGUGUGUUCCGCACUGCCUGUGCGAGUUUCUCUUUUUGGUUUUACAGCGCUCUCUGCAUGACCGGCCAUUCUGUGAGGGAAGAAGAGAGAAAGACACACGAAGUUUCUCCAGAUUUUAUUUUUCAAUUCUAAGAGCAGAAAAUAUUGCGAAGACGUCUGAACACCAAAAGAAAGAAAGUGUUUGUACAUAAAAAGUGCUUUACAAAUACUUUUUUUUUUUUUAAAAGCACGCCUGUCCAAGGCUCAGUGAGGUUUAGGAAAGAGGACAACGCCUGGGCUCCAGAGGCACGAGUCGGCAUCCCACAUGAAGUCAAAAAAGUC